GAUUGCAAGUAGCCUAAACAGUAGACACCGGAAGCACUGUGGAGAGCAAAAAAAUGGCUGCUUCGAAGAUAGCAAUGGCUUCUCUAUCGCUAACCCAUUUCCGGCCAUUAUCCUCCGCCUCCACGGCCUCCAUGGCUCCUUCUUCCUCCACGAGGCUGAUUCCACGUCCACCGGACCUAAUCAACUGGGUGCGGAGAGAAGGCGGGUUCGUCCACCAGGCUGUGAAAAUAGCUCAACAUGCUGAUUCUGGCCUUGGACUCGUCGCUUCCGACCACAUUCCGACGGGUUCUGAACUCAUUGUCCUUCCUCACAACCUUCCCUUGCGCUUUGAGUCGCCGGAAGCCGGCGAUUCUGACGAGGCCGACUCCGUUCUAGUCAAUUUGGCUCGCCAAGUUCCUGAGGAACUUUGGUCCAUGAAAUUGGGUCUGAAGCUUCUGAAAGAAAGGGCAAAAGUUGGAUCCUUCUGGUGGCCGUACAUUGGCAAUCUCCCUGAAGUUUUCAGCAUUCCUAUAUUUUUUCCUGGAGAGGAUAUAAAGAAUUUGCAGUAUGCUCCUCUUCUUUACCAGGUAAACAAAAGGUGUCGCUUCCUUCUUGAUUUGGAGAAAGAAGUCAGACGUACUCUUGAUAGUGUGAAGCCGGAACAUCAUCCUUUUGGUGGCCAAACUGUAGAUGCAUCAUCCCUUGGGUGGGCAAUGGCAGCGGUCUCGUCAAGGGCAUUUCGUUUAUAUGGGAAAAAUCUCAUGGAUGGUACCCCUAACAGUGUCCCCAUGCUGCUCCCCCUCAUUGAUAUGUGUAAUCAUAGCUUUAAUUCAAAUGCACGUAUAGUCCAGGAACAAGAUGCAGGAUCCAUGGAGUUGAAAGUGAAGGUUGUGGCAGACACUGAAAUUGAAGGAAAUGUUCCGUUAACACUAAAUUAUGGAUGUCUGGACAAUGAUCUUUUCCUGCUCGAUUAUGGAUUUGUGAUACCAUCGAAUCAGUAUGAUUAUAUUGAGCUGAAAUAUGAUGAAGCUCUCUUAGAAGCUGCUAGCAUUGUUGCAGGAAUUUCUUCCGACAAUUUUUCUUCUCCUGCCCCAUGGCAAAAACUUCUUUUGACCAAGCUAAAUCUACGUGGAGAAACUACUCUUCUCAAGGUGUGCGUCGGUGGUCCAGAAAUAAUUGAUGGCCGCUUAUUGGCAGCUUUAAGAGUGCUGCUCUCGGUUGAUGAAGAAAUGGUACAGAAACAUGACUUGAACGUGCUCAAAUCUUUAUCAGCUGAAGCACCUCUUGGUGCUGGAAAUGAAAUAGCUGCGUUACGUACGGUAAUUGCUUUAUGUGUGAUUGCAUUGGGACACUUCCCGACCAAGAUAAUGGAGGACGAAACCCUUCUGAAAAAGUGUGAAAAUGAAUCAACUAAAUUAGCAAUCCAGUUCAGAAUUCAGAAGAAAUCAGUAAUCAUAGAUGUGAUGAGCAACCUCACAAGAAGAGUGAAGUUGCUUUCAUCAAAGGUGGUCUCUCAGGGUUGAUAAUGAUGGCAGAAAAAGUUAGAUGGUGAAGAAUUUAAGCAAAUCGGUUGGAGUUGAAGCCAUAACAAAACUUGGAAUGGUUCUUUACUCAGAAUUUGAACUCCUGAGGCAACAUUGGUGGGAGAGACUAAAGCACAAUUUGCAGAGACCCAAUUGAAAAAACAAAAGGUUAGUGACAGCACUUCCUAGUUACCACCUCAGAUUCCUAAAGGUGUGUCGAAUGAGACUUGCAUGCUUUGUGACAUAAAAGAACAUAUAUAAUAACCAUUUUUCCUUUUAUGUUCUUUCUGUGAUUAUGGUUAUUCUUGCUGCAUGUCAUCUCUCUCCCUCUGCUUCACCCUCUCUCUCUAGACAUAUGACAUGAGGAAUAAGUUAUCCCUUCAAAUUUCUGUGGGAUUUGCACUUUGGUUGGAGCUUGCUUGCUUUGACAUAACAGAAAUAUAAAACUAUUUCUCUCUC